UUAAUUUGCCGCAUAAUCAAAAUCAGAUAAUAAAAAUAAAACUACUGAUGGAGUGCUCAUUGGAGGGCAGCAAUGCGCGCAUUAUUGCCAAGGCAAUACAGUCGCUAUCCAAGGUGGGCAAGGAACUGUUCAUUGAGGCAGACAGUGAUGGAUUGCAAAUGCGCACCAUUAAUUCAACACAAUCGGCCAUGGGUAGCAUGCGCUUCCAUCGCAGCAUGUUUAAUACAUUCUACUUGCCGCCCGGUGGUGAUUGCACUUGUAAAAUCACAAUGAAAGCCUGCCUUGGCGUCUUUCGCAACAUGAAGCAAGUGGAGCACUGCGAGCUAAAGGUGUUGGCCAAUCGCACCAAAUUUCAAGUCAAGCUGCGCUGCAAGCUGGAGACUAUGAAGCAGGCGCUCAUCUCCAUUGUCGAUGAGCAGAAUAUAACGACGGCUGUAGCUGCUGACAAUAGUCCAAAUAUCAUACGCGGUGACCAUAAACUGUUUAUGGAAAUUUCCAACAGUUUUAAUUCCGCUGAAGAGGAGCUUACGCUGGAGGCUCAAACGGAUAGCUUGACUGCAAAGAAUUAUGUGGAAGGCGCUCGUGUUAAUGACAAAUUUAUGCGUUCGCAGCUGAAGCUGAAACCAACUGAAUUUGAGCAUUAUCAAGUGGCGCAGGGCGGCACAGUCAUAACAUUUUGUAUUAAAGAAUUUCGAGCCUUUCUACUCUUUGCUGAAGCGCUCAACGCUGAGCUAACGCUGGAGUUUGAUGACGCUGGCAGUCCAUUCUUUGUGAAGAUACAGAAACAUCGCGAAAUUGAAUGCCUGUUAAUUCUGUCGACACUAUCGCCUGAGGAUGUAAGCUUCUCGGAAGAUUACUGCCAGCGCGAAAUGAGCGUGCAUGAGCAAAGUAAUGGAGCACAGAAGCGCAAGAGUAGCACACCCGGAGCAGGAUCAGCGUUGCAGCAGAAAAGACAUAUGGCUACGAUGGAGACGACGUUAAGCAGCACGGAUGGAGAUGCAUCACUAUUUCAAUUUCCUGAGCGUCCAGCGAGAACAGCCAAUGCAAAUAGCAGCGUUCGGCGAGCAGCUAAUGAGACGAAUUUAAAUAGCACAGCAAAUGCAUCACAGACUCAGACUCGGCAGCCGCACUCAGGCAGCCACACUGAUGUACCUUCAAUACCACAAGCGCGUUUGCUGCUGGAGGGUGACACAGUGGAUUUGGCGGAUUCGGAAGCGGAUGAAGAAGCAUUACUGCUGGCUGCAGCAGAUGCUGCCGAAGCCAGUCAACCUACUAGCAUUGAAGUUUGCUUCUUCAAUACUGAGGAUGUGCCGUCCACUCAAGUGCCAUCACAAGCAGCAGAUGAGAAUGAUGAUGACGAGAUCAUACCUCAAUCACCGGAACGUGAUAAUAACAAGAUGCGUACAAUAUUCUCGCGAUGUUUUCAAAACACUUAUGUGCCGCGCGAGCCUUCGCCCAAUAGUCAAAUUUAUGCGGCCAAUUCGGAUGCUGAAGACUAGGCCAACUGGUUUGGCUUAUUUAUUUAAAAAAGUAUAUGAUUUAAAUGUUUCGAAUAGGACAUAAAAGUUAUUAAAUUA